AAAUAUUCCCGUGUAUAAACUGUGCAAAGCCUUUUCAUUCUUUACUUUCAUAGUCAAUGCUUUUAGUGUUGUUCUAUUACAUUCCAACACAUCAAGAACACUGGUGCCACUCAUAAGACCCUCUAGGGUAGUAUCACACAACCGGGCCCUCCCCCUGCAGUCGCAGAAGAACCCAGUGCUGUGGUCCUUCCCCGUCGAGCCCUUGCUGUGGCUGCACCAAGCUUCCGCACGUACUCCUACAGACGGCAGCCUACGGACAUCUCGAGAUUAUUCAACUCUACCUGGAUGAAACACAACCAGUUGCGCAACAACUGAACGUUUCCUUCCCGGUUCAUUUGCGAGGUGGAUUCGGCGGAUCCUGGAAACCGCCUCCCCCUGCUGGAGCCGGUCCUGUCCCGCAGAAGCGCGCCCCUGGAGCCCGGUGGCGUUGCUGCAUGCCCUGGCCGCCACUGACUCCGUGCCGCUGCUCAUUGCCCAUGCUCGGUUCCAAGUUGGGCGCGAUCAGUUCCGAUGCUGCGCUGCCGUCGGGUUUUUCCCUCCUGAGAUCUCGGCAGCAUGUCGUUCCUGAGUAACUCGCCGUCGUAUGGUUCGCUUUCCGGCUUUGAGGACGAUCUCCCAGCCGAUAACCUUUUCCUGUUCGAGAUCGCCUGGGAGGUGGCGAAUAAAGUGGGUGGUAUCUACACUGUCAUCCAAACCAAAACAAAGCUGACAGUGGAUCAGCAUGGAGAGAAUUACAUUUUGAUUGGCCCAUAUGUUGAGAACAGUGUCAAGACACAAGUUGAGCUGAUUGAACCACCGAAUCCAGCCAUUAAGCGCACUAUUGAUUUGAUGAACUCCAGGGGUUGUAAGGUCCAUUUUGGCAGAUGGCUGAUCGAUGGAAGUCCUUACGUUGUGCUACUAGACAUUGCUGCCUCCAGCUGGAGUCUAGAUCAGUGGAAGACGGAGUUAUGGGAUGUGUGCAAUAUUGGAAUUCCCUGGUUUGACAAGGAAGCUAAUGAUGCAGUGCUGUUUGGUUUUAUCACUGCAUGGUUCUUGGGCGAAUUUGUGGCCCAAAGUGAGAAAGGGACCUUUCUCCUUGCACAUUUCCAUGAAUGGCUGUCAGGUAUUGGCCUUGUUUUGAGCCGCAUUAGAAAAAUCCCCGUGGCAACGAUCUUCACAACACAUGCAACUCUGUUGGGACGCUACCUCUGUGCUGGGAACGUGGACUUUUACAAUAGUCUGAAAAAAUUUGAUGUUGACAAGGAAGCAGGUACGAGACAGAUUUACCAUCGGUACUGUAUGGAGCGAGCCGCUGUCCACUGUGCUCACGUCUUUACCACAGUGUCAGAGAUAACCGCCAUGGAGGCCGAGCAUCUGCUCAAGCGCAAGCCUGACGUGGUUACUCCAAAUGGACUUAACAUAAAGAAGUUUUCUGCGAUGCAUGAAUUCCAGAACUUGCAUGCCCGCAGUAAGGCUCACAUCCAGGAGUUUGUCAGAGGGCACUUCUAUGGAUGUUUGAACUUCGACCUGGACAAGACCCUGUUCAUUUUCAUUGCGGGGAGGUAUGAGUUCUCCAACAAGGGGGCUGAUGUGUUCCUGGAGGCUCUGGCUCGCCUGAAUUAUCUGCUCAAGGCAAAUCGAAGUGAUGUUACUGUAGUUGCAUUUUUCAUCAUGCCUGCGAAGACCAAUAACUUCAAUGUUGAAACCCUGAAGGGACAAGCAGUACGGAAACAGCUUUGGGAUACCGCCAAUGUGAUCAAAGAAAAGUUUGGCAAAAAGCUUUAUGAAUUGCUCUUGGAAGGUGAGAUGCCCGAUAUAAGCUCAAUUCUGAAUCGUGAGGACUUCACUAUGAUGAAGAGAGCCAUAUAUGCCACUCAGCGCCGUUCAUUGCCUCCAAUCUGUACACAUAACAUGCUGGACGAUUCCAACGAUCAGAUUCUCAAGGCGAUCCGAAGAAUUGGACUAUUUAACAAUACAAGUGAUAGGGUCAAGGUCAUCUUUCACCCUGAGUUCCUGUCGUCCACCAGCCCAUUGCUUCCUUUGGAUUAUGAGGAGUUUGUACGUGGUUGCCAUUUGGGUGUGUUUCCUUCCUAUUACGAGCCAUGGGGGUACACUCCUGCGGAGUGCACAGUGAUGGGAAUUCCCAGCAUUACCACCAACCUCUCAGGGUUCGGGUGCUUCAUGCAGCAGCAUAUUGCUGACCCAACCGCGUACGGGAUUUACAUACUUGAUCGUCGGUUUAGAUCUCUGGAUGACUCGUGCAAUCAGCUGACCUCGUUUAUGUACAGCUUCUGUCAGCAGUCCCGUCGACAGCGCAUCAUUCAAAGGAAUCGCACCGAGCGGCUUUCUGAUCUGCUGGACUGGAAGUACCUGGGAAGGUAUUACGUCCAUGCAAGACAGCUUGCGUUGGCCAAAGCGUUUCCAGAUUCGUUCACUUCAGCUCAAUGGGAGCCAGUGGUUAGUGAAGGCUUCUGUUACCCAAGACCCGCAUCCAAACCACCUUCUCCAGCUACUUCCCUUCAUUCCAGUCCCUACCACAGCGAAACGGAGGAUGAUGAAGAGAGAUACAAUGAAGAGGAAGAAGCUGAGAAAGACCGCAUGAAUAUAAAGCCGAUUGCAAUGAUCAGUUCAAAAUUAGAGAAAAGAAGGGUGAAGAAAAAGAGCCAGGCAAUAGAACCCGGCUCCCCAGGAAGCCUUAACUACAGUUCUAGUGAUCCUGAAAACCAUAGUGACUUGGGAACAGAAGAAAGAAACUAGAACUAAAUUGUUUACAACUGUAAAGCUACUGCAUUAUACCAACUCUACAGAGGAUUAAACAGAGGGUUAGAUUGUGUGCUGAGUUUCAAUGAGUUUUGGUUGUAACCGUAAAAUUUUCAAAUGCACUUUAUCCUCCGAGUUGUUGCUUCCAGGUCAUGAGUCACAGAAGUAAAUUGGAACUACAGCCAACAUCACUGAAAUCAUUGUUAGAUGUUUCUGGAAAAUCUCCUGAAAACCUGAUGUGUUCAAAAACGGAUGGGGGACAAACCGAUUAGUCGGACUGAUUGAAAUGAGAUCGUAAACCCACAAUGUUAGAAUCUGCACAUGUGCCUGCUGCAUGCUCUCUACAAGUUAGCACAUCCUCAUGUUCCUUACAAAUUUACAGCAGAGAGUAAAUUUGGAAUAGAUAAUUUAGUAUCCAGAUCUGGGGCUACUGAACAUGGGUUACCUUUAGUGAAUUUUACCACUAAAAUCAUUUGCAUGUGACAAGUGUUGCAUGCCAUACCAUGAAAAUUCAGUAUAAUUCAUAACCAAAAGCAGCCUCCAAUUGUAGACUCAAAAUACUCUCCAUUAAUCACCCUCCUGUUAUAAGGAUCUGAUAGAUGUUAUUUCAUUCAGGUAGAAAAUAUGCAAAGUUAAUUUGUUGAUAACAGAAUGGAUCUUCUGUGAUUUUUAAGAAAAUCUGUGUUCAUGGAUUUUAUAUUUUAAUACAAUAAACAAAUAUUUGUUUAAGGCAGUAUUUUGUUCGAAGUAUUAAGCAAAGGGAUGAAUCACAAAAAUUAUGUGUGCACAUUUAUUUUUCACAACUGGGAAAUGUCUGAGGUUUGACUGUAUCUCUUAACUGAAGUGACAUUUUUGGCCAGUGGUAGUCCCAGCGGUAAUGGUGGGGCCACAACUGUGGACUGGCUGAAGUACCCAACUCUGGAGGGGUAACAUACUCCUCGCCCUCAUUGUAGAACAUUGGGUGCUUCUCAGGAGAAUGGUUGUCUAAGUACUGAUGUGUGCGAAGCCGCCUUGUGUUUUGCACCAGAACUCCCAAGGAGCUGUCUCAACAAUAGAAAAAGAGAAGGUUUUUUUUUUGAGUUAGAUGUGGCACUUUAAAAACUAAGUAAAAGGAACACAAAUCCUUUUCCAACUAUAAAAAGAAAUCGAGAAAUUUCCAGUUUAUGACAUUUUUCCAGGGUGAACUUCCAAUCAAUAUACUCGGUGUGUGACUGUACCUUCUCUCUGCAGUUUCUUGUAACUCCUGCUGCUGUUCAUUUUGGCUGUGUGUUCUGUUACAGACAAACUUGAAAUUAAAUCUAUCAGUAAAUGUAUACUUUUCAGUAGUCACAGGUGAAAUGGUGUGAGAAAGUUACUGUAAGGGCAUGCAAAUAAAAAGUUACUUUUUUAAAAUUGGA